GCUUCUUAAGAUUAUGAGCAACAUGAAUACCCAACUUCUUAAUCUUCUUCUUCUUUUAGUCUUCUCAUGUUUCUCAUGUUUUCUUGUCCUUGUACCAGUAUCUGCAAAAGUGUUUUUGAGCAUAGAUUGCGGCUCUUCGUCCUUGAAACCUCGUACUGAUGAAAAUUCAAUCGUAUGGGUCGGGGAUGGCCCUUAUAUACAAACUGGAAAUAUUCAUCAAGUCAAUGGUUCCACAGAACCCAAAUUUGAUUCUAAUGUCAUGAGCACUCUUAGAGCAUUUCCAACUCGCAAGAAGAAUUGUUAUUCAAUAGAUAUUGAUAAUAAAGCUGAAGAAGAUAAUACUAUGGUUGAUCGGGUUCUCGUACGAGCUAAUUUCUAUUACGGAAACUAUGACAAUAAAUCAAGCCCACCUACUUUCAAUCUUCAAUUCAAUGGGAACAAUUGGAAACAAAAUAAUAACACGGAGAACAGUAUCGUAUAUGAAGAAGUGGUAUUUUCAUUGAAGAAGGGUAACAAUAUAGACGUAUGUCUUGCUCAAACUCAACCGGAUAACAUUCCCUUCAUAUCCGCUCUCGAAGUAAGAAGUUUGGAUUCAGAUGCUUACAGUUAUGUCCCUUCAGAUUAUCCAUCGUUUUUCGUUGAUAGAGUUGCUUAUGGUACCAAUACAACAAUAAGGUACCCUGAAGAUAGUUAUGAUCGGAUCUGGGACUCAUAUGGACCACUGAGUAACACUAGUCCUUUGAUGAGGGUUAGAAGUACCUCGCCAUCCAUAAAUGUCAACAUUGAGGAUAAACCUCCCGAAGCUGUAUUAAGGACAACAUUAACUUCAUCCAAGGACUUGCUCUAUAGUCGCACUAGAAAUCUUACGGUUCCUCUUAUUCAUUUGAAUGCGUAUUUUUCAGAAGUGAUUAAACUAAAUUCUACUCAGAAACGAUCAUUUGAUAUUAUAGUUAAUAAUAACCUCGAUAACAGUAUUAUUCUUCCUAAGAACCCUGUGAUUCCACCUUAUGGACGCGCAUUGGAGGUUCACAUUCUCAAUGUUACUACUUUCAACUCUUCAUUUUCAAUCUUGUUUAAUCGAACAAAUGAUUCAACUCUUGCUCCACUAAUCAAUGCCAUUGAAGAGUUUAUCAUCGGUGAGAAAUUAGCUCAAGGAACCAAUUCAAAAGAUGUGGGAGCAUUGGGUUUACUUCAAAAGAGUUUCAUUCAGCUUCAAGAUUGGAAUGGUGAUCCUUGUUUACCUUCACCAUACACAUGGGAUUGGGUUGCUUGUAAUGAUGAUACGGAUUCUCCUCGUAUUACAGCAUUGUAUCUCAAUGAUCUUGGAUUAAAAGGCAGAUUACCGGACUUCAGUGCAAUGAAUGCUCUCAAGACCAUAAAUUUGGGCAACAACACACCUUCAUAAGAAGAAGAAUUCAGCCCCUAACGUGAUCGAAUAAAACUUGUAACCUUGCACGAAUCAGGAAUUAUAACUAUGCUUUACUUCUUGUCUGAAUUAUUUUUUGAAUUCUCUAAAUUUAAACUAACUAUCAUUAUUUAUUUGCAGGAAGUUACGAUGAAAGAUGAAGCUAAUGGUAAUGAUGCUUGUCCAGUGCAAAUCAAAUUGGUUGCAUUUAAUCACUGUUUAUCUGCAGGAAGUUAAGAACACUUCGGAAAAUUAGAAAAUUUUUAGGAAGAAAGGAAAGAGAUCCAAUCCCCAUCUAGAUAUGGCUUUGAGAACUUCCACCCCUCGUGGUAUAAUACAUUUGGAUUUCCGAAACCGUGGUACUAAAAAUGCUAAACAUGAAUGGGGGUCGUUACAGGAAGUGAACCAAUAGAUUGUUAGUAAUGUAAUCCAAGAUGUUAAUAAAGAGGUGAUGGAGAAUUUAAUUGAUCAUGCUAUUGAAGAAGAAAAUGAUGAUAAAGAAGAGCAAGGAAAUGAAGCCACUAGAAAUGAAGAGGUUGAAGAACAAAGAGAAGAAGUUGAAGAUGUAAAAGAAGAGCAGUUGGAAGAAGAAGGACAAGAGGAAGAGGAAGAAGGGGAUGAAGAUAAGAUAGAGGAGGGAUAUGAGGAAGACGAAGAAGAUGAAGAAGAGAUACAAGAUCAAUAAAUUUUUCCCGUUGAAGAGAAAAGGAAGCCGAAUCCGCCGGGUCCUAGAUAUUCACACAUUCCCCCUGAUGAUUUGUGUUUGUCACCAGUGAGCCCAACUUAUGGUACUCCAAUUGAUGGAGGGGAAACAUUGUUUGGCUACAAACACUCAUGGACUGCGAAGAUCUAUGCGACAAAGGAUCAUAAUGAUACAAUUCGUCUUAUUCGUCUUCAAAAGGCUUCCAAAUGGGAUUUUUCGAAUGAGUGUCAAGAGUUUCAGGACAAGGUUAAAGAAUGCGUGUUAUGGAGAGCCCUUGAGUUGGCACAUAAUGACUUUGGCACUAAUGCCGUUUCUGCAUUUCUAGAGAGGCAUUAUCCGGAGAUAUAUACCAUGCAUCUUCCUUUUGGAGAGAUGGGAAUUACUCCUGAUGAUUGCAUGAGAAUUACCGGCCUACCAGUGGAAGGUAAAUGUCUUCGAGAAGGCUACAACCAAUCGAUGAGUUAUGAAGCUCUUGAGGCAUCGAAUCUAAAGUGUCUAGGAUGGGUUCCAAGAAAGGCUCAAUGUGAGUUUAAACGUUCCGUGAAGGAACCUAAACGUGAAGAUGAGUAUAAGCCAAAGGAAGAAAAUUGAGCUUUGAAGAAGAUGGUGAAGAAAUUCAAGUUGGUAAGGUUGAAGGAAUCAUUUGCGGAUACAGCUAAGAAGUUAAAGAGGGGACGGUUGGUGAUGGACGAUGAGAAUAUUAAGCACCAUGUCACUGCUUAUUGGUUAUAUCAGCUAGAAACUGUUAUUUUCCCCGACACUUCUGGAAAUAGGGUGGAUGCACAUUAUCUACAGAUUUUGGAGAAUCUCGAUGAGAUUAACAACUACUCAUGGGCCCCCGGGGUGCUUGCAUUUGUGUUAGGAGAGAUGGAUAAAGGAUCGAGGAUUAAGACAACUCAAAUUGGAGGUUACUUAACUCUAUUCAGGUGACCUUCUACAUUGUUACUUAACUCUUAUUCGCUAAGAUUUUCUGUUUCCAAUUCAAUUUGAUCUAUGUGUUUAAUAUUUUUGUUUUUUUUUGCAUUGGUUUGGAUAUACGACCACUUCCCUUCACUGAAAUUGGUUGUGGAAAGGAAACCUUAUCCCUAUGGCCAACCUACAACAAGAAAAUGGGUGUUUUUGGAUGCACAAAAGAAGUCUAAAGAAGAGCAGUUGGCUUCGUUGAGGGAGAAAUUGGAUCAUUUGACGGUGAACGAUUGGUGCUUCACCUAUACACGGUACCCGAUGAUGAAGAGGUACCUGAAGACAAAAUCCAAGGUUACUCAGUCGUCUCGGUUUACUAUGGACCAAUUUGGUAUCCUAACGGCUACGCAAUCUAUAAUCCAAGGAGAGUACUAACAAAAAUUUCUUGUGUCCAAAUGGAUCCAGAUGUGGAGAAAGAAAAUUUUGAGUUGCAGGUUCGAGGAACAAAGAACACCGAGAACUAUUUUAUCCCAAAAUACGAACCAACUCCUACGAUAGAACAUUGGAAUGAUUUAAUGAAAUACUACAUACCUGGAGGUGAUUAUGUACAUUGUGGAGAAGAUGUAAAUGCAUGUGAAGAAGAUUACCUAGAGUGGUAUCGAGAGAUUAGUCAUCCUUUUGUGAUUAAUAAAGAACAACAAGCUCGUACUGAUAAGGCGAAGGCGAAGGAAAAGGACAAGGAGGCUAAGAGAGCUCAGAAGGAGAUGCCUAUUUGUGGAAAAGAAGCCGUUUGGUUAUGGGAUAAUGUGGUGAAGAAUGGUAAGAAAUUGUUGAAGAAAGGGAUUACUAGAAUACGUAGUGGAGAGUCGAUAUCGGCAGAGGAACAAACCAUGCUCCAUGGCCAGUGGGAGGAACUUAUAUCUCAAAGAAUGGUGGAGGAGAGUUGGUCUAAACAAUUGAACAGGGGUCGACAACAAGGAGAAGGAUCAAGCCGCGACGCUCGUGGAGGAGAUGGAUCCGGUGGAGGAGUUGUAUCCCCAACUGAUGAGGAAGUUCAACACAACACUCGGGGUAAAAAAGGAAAUAAAAGAGUUCGUCGUUGUGGUCAUCUUUGAAUCCCUUUUUUUCUUUUAUUUUAAUUUCGUUGUGGUUUCAAAAAACAUAGUUAUGGAUUAUGUGUGUUUUGAACAAUUAGUUAGGGAGUUUGGUAUGUAUAACUAUUUUAUAUUUAUUUAAAUUGGGUUUGUG